GCUACGCAUGCGCACAGUGACAGACGGCACUGCAGAAGCUCUGAACUCGUAAGCGUAUCGAUUUUUAUGAUUGUAGUGUCUGUUUCGGUAGUUUUAGUGUCGUUCCAUGGCAGAGUCAGUGAAUGGGGUGUUUAUAUAAGGCAAGACGAAUCAGUAUUGUGUGACUGAGAACGUUAGAAGAUGACGAAGGACAGAUUAGCUGCCCUUAAGGCGGCUCAGAGUGAUGAUGACGAUGUUGGACCUGAUGAUGUUGCUGUCAACGUCGAAGGAAGGGAUGGCUUCAUGGAUGAAUUUUUUGCAGAGGAGGCGCAGUCAACUGAUCGGGAUAGUGGAAAUGGAGGUGUUUCAGCAUAUGUCAGAAACUUGUUUCAGAGCUUGGUCCCUGGUGAAUCCUUCAGAAGGUUAUACAAUCGAUCUUCCAUGAAUUCGUUUUCUGAUUUCCAUUCAUUUUUGUCUAAGGUGGAAGAGAUUCGGGAGAUGAUAGACAAGAUACAAGCCAAUGUGGAAGAAGUGAAGAAAAAACACAGUGCCAUCCUCUCAGCUCCUCAGACUGAUGAGAAGGUCAAACAGGAGCUGGAGGAUUUAAUGGCUGAUAUUAAAAAAACUGCCAACAAAGUCCGUGCCAAAUUAAAAGUCAUAGAGCAAAACAUAGAACAAGAAGAACAUACAAAUAAGUCGUCUGCUGACUUGAGGAUACGAAAGACUCAGCAUUCGACACUGUCAAGAAAAUUUGUCGAAGUAAUGACGGAGUACAAUAGAACGCAGACAGAUUAUAGAGAACGAUGCAAGGGUAGGAUACAGAGGCAGCUAGAAAUAACUGGCAGAUCAACAACAAAUGAGGAGCUGGAAGAUAUGUUAGAGCAAGGAAACCCAGCUGUGUUCACACAAGGGAUAAUAAUGGAGACUCAGCAAGCCAAACAGACCCUAGCAGACAUUGAAGCAAGGCAUGCAGACAUCAUAAAAUUAGAAAACUCUAUUAGGGAACUGCAUGACAUGUUCAUGGACAUGGCAAUGUUAGUGGAAAGCCAG